UCCUGCCUGGAUUUUUUUUUUUGAAAGGGGUCAGAGCUUCGGGAAAAAAGAAGGGGGACGGUGACCCAAAGAAGCACCUGAAAAAGCCGCCCUGCAGAUUUCCUCCCCGACCUGUGUCGUAGUCACCUAACCGUGACGGAAAGUCGGAGGGGAAGGGCGAGGUCCGGCUGAGGAGGAGGAGGAGGCGCUGGAGGUGAGGAGGAGGAAGAAGAAGAAGAAGAGAAGGAGGGCCCCCUGUCACCGCGUCUUCAUUGCCGAGGCUUUCUCUGCAUGUUUCUGCGCUUCCGGAUUUCCUCGGGGACUCGAUGUUACUGCUCCGUGCCGGCCUGCGGUCUGAAUCGGACUCUGAGCCUCCUCCCGGCCGCUGACAUCCUCCGCUUAAGAGGACCGAGGAGACAGCGGAGUGGUGUGGACAGUUCUCCAUUGUGAAGAUGUCGACCUCUUCACUUAGACGCCAGGUGAAGAACAUUGUCCACAACUACUCUGAGGCUGAGAUUAAGGUUCGUGAGGCAACCUCCAAUGAUCCAUGGGGCCCUUCGAGUUCACUGAUGUCGGAGAUUGCAGAUCUGACGUACAAUGUGGUGGCCUUCUCUGAGAUUAUGAGCAUGGUGUGGCGUCGACUGAACGAUCACGGAAAGAACUGGAGGCAUGUGUACAAGGCUAUGACCUUAAUGGAGUACUUGAUAAAGACUGGUUCAGAGCGCGUGGCCCAGCAGUGCCGAGAGAACAUUUACGCGGUGCAGACACUGAAGGAUUUUCAAUAUAUCGAUCGAGAUGGCAAGGAUCAGGGUGUGAACGUCCGCGAGAAGGCCAAGCAGCUUGUGGCUUUGCUUAAGGAUGAGGAGCGUUUGAAAGAAGAGCGUGUGCACGCGCUGAAGACGAAAGAGAAAAUGGCUCAGACGGCAACAGCAUCCUCUACUCCUUCAGGAAUGAGUUCUUCUGGCCUGACUUCUUCAGGCAUGUCCGGGGGCUUGUCUACUGAUGCGGAACAGGCAUGGCCACAGAGCAGCGGCGAGGAAGAUCUUCAGCUACAGCUCGCUCUGGCUAUGAGUAAAGAGGAAGCAGAGCAGGUUCCUUCACAGUACGAUGGACCUACAACUUCCAGUGAAUCAAAUCGUAUUUGUGUUCGUGAACCCUCUAACAGCAGGAGUAACGAAAUGGAACGAAAAACAGCACCAAAAAAAUUAGCCCCCCAAAACGACGAGGAACUUCAGCUGCGACUGGCCCUCAGUCUGAGCCGAGAGGAGCACGUCAAGGAGGAGCGUUUGAGGCGAGGUGAUGACCUGAGACUACAGAUGGCAAUCGAGGAGAGCAAGAGGGAAAACACCAAAAGUGAAGAGUCGUCACUCAUGGACCUGGCAGACGUGUUCACCCCAGCCACUUCAGUGGCAGCAGCUGAUCCUUGGACUGGAACCGUAACCUCCAAAUCGGGCCCUGCUGCUGCAGGAAAUGACCCAUGGGGAGGCCCCUCUGCACCUAGUGACCCAUGGGCCUCUGGCAGUCAGGCGCAAGCACCAGCACCGACCACCAAAGCAGCAGCAGCAGGAGGAGGAGGAGAUCCUUGGGCGAGUGCUCCAGUGCCCAGUGCUGAUCCUUGGGCUGCUGGCACGGUGAACCCAUCGGCUGUUCAGAGCACUAAAGCAACUUCUGACCCUUGGGGUGAGAGUGCACCUUCAGCAGACCCGUGGAAUGCAGCAGUGACCCCUCCCAGUUCUGACCCUUGGGGGUCCGCGUCAGUGCCUCCAUCACAUGAUCCCUGGAGUUCUGAACAGAACAGUGAUCCGUGGGGAACUCCAGCACAGCACACCAAUGGCACAGGGGACUCCGAUUCAGGAGAUGCAGCUCCCCCACAAUCACGCUCUCCUGACUCGUUUGACUUUACAGCGGUUGGAGCCUCCCUUCCUUCCCGGAAGACCCCAGAAUCUUUCUUGGGUCCCAAUGCAGCACUAGUUGAUCUGGACUCUCUAGUCUCCCAGAAACCCAAAACGACAUCAGCAGGCACUUCAAAUCCCUUCCUUUCAGGUUCUUCUGGAGGUGGUUCUUCUGCUGGGGGCACUACCAUCGCAGCCAGAGGAGUAUCUCCGACGCCGCCACCGCCAGCCCCCGUAUCCAACCCGUUUGGCUCAACUUCAGUCUCUCCCCAGCCGUCUGCCAUAAGCCUCGGUCCCAUGCGAACAAGUCCUGUUCCCCCUUCGAUGAUGAUGGGAGCCCCGCCUGCAGGUCCUCCUCACCUUGGCAUGGUCCAGCCUACUGUGCCAAUGGGCAUGCAGAUGCCACCUCAGAUGAGUUUGGGAAUGGUUCCCCCCAGCACGAUGGGUAUACCCUUUGGCACGGUUUCACCUAUGAGUGGUGCCGGAGGGCCCAUGUUAAUGGGGGCCCCUCAUUCACAAUCUCAUAUGAUGAUUGGCACCCCCGGGAUGGCCACUGUGGCAGCUGGAAAUGUCAAUUUGGCUUCAGCUGGGACCACUAAUCAGAACAGUAGCACUAAUCCUUUCUUGUUGUAAACUUGUUGCCAGAUUUGUGCUGAUACACACUGUCCUGCUGCACCUUGUUUGUGUGUGAGUCUGUAGGGCCGACGAUCGAUCAACAGAUUUGACAUUUUUUCUUCCCAGGACUCUGGAGCAGGGAAUGAAUUUUGCAAAGAGUUGGGGUUUUUGUAUUUGAUUUCAUUGCCCUUUCAGUGCGAGGCCAAACCCAAGAGGACUUUUACAAUAAGUGUCUGGCCAGCGUGUCCUCUGCUGGGGGAGCCUUAGUCAUCCAAUAUAGGAAAGGAAAGUAGUUGGGUGGGGGGAACAACCCUUUACAUUUAAAUUAAAAAGUCAAAUUCACACGGCUGGCUGCAUGUGUGCCGCCCCCUUAUUCCACCUCUAUUUUUGGAAGUGGCGUACGGAAUUCCCAUCAAAUCCAUUUCUUCUUGGGCUCCCCGUACACUUCAGAUGGAUGCUGUGAUUCAUACGCGGACACAAACGGCAUGCACACGUGCAGUAGGCCAUUGUGUAUCCCUUGACCAUCUCGGAAAUGUUCGACCCCAAAGUACAUUUUUGGGGAAGUUCUUGAUGGUUUGGGGUUGGGCGGGGAGGGUGCGGGAAGGGCGGUGAAGUGAUGGUAGCUGAGAUGGCAUUGGGGUAGCGGGCAGAAGUAAUUCUAACGUCUAAUUUGCCAGUUGUAUUUCUUAAUCGCCCCUCUAGGACUGUAUGUACUAACCUGGGUAUUGGGGGUGGGGGUCACAAUCAAUUUGGAGGCCUUUUCCAUUUAUGGUAACAAUCUCCAAGUUCCUAAGGCUGCCUGCCCACACCUUGAACGGCGUUCUACUUACCUGUUGUGUAGUGAUGCUCCAAUUCCAAUGUUUGUCCGGGGAGUGGACUUCAUUUCUUGCCUUGUAGUGCUUUGUCCGUUUUGUUCCCUCUGUGCAUUUCACAAUCCACGUUCCAUGUUUCGCACACGUAGUACUGGCUUGUUUUUGUAGAGCAUAUAGGCCACCCUAUCAGCCUUAAUGGUGCGUUUCUGCACAGCAUUGGUCAUGGAUAUCGCCAGCUGAUUUCCUCAAGGCUUUUUAGCCUGUUGCCGAGUGUAGUUGAACCUUUAACCCCCCCCCAUCCCGGACAUAACUCCAUCAGUUUCACGCCUCACACCAAGGUGGGUUUAUAAAUCGUAACAAAAAGACCUUUGAAAUACUGCAAGAGGUCAGUAGAAGCCAAAACUCUGCCCUCUUGUGGUAGCCGGUGGCAAGCCAAUAUAAACAUAAUGGGGUUGAAGAAGAAGGGGACAGUUGGCAGUGGAUGGUGAAUGCCGAUUGGCUGAGUACUGAUAAACGUGAAUGGCCGAGAAGAGAGGGUUGCUGCACGACACUCAUUGACAGGAACUCCUCACGAGUCCCGAUAACCUGUUCUGUGGGAGGGAAUGGAUGGCUUGAAGUAAUUUGGGACCUGAUUCAUUGUUGAAAUGAUUAUUUUAAUUAUUAUUUUUGCUCUUUGAAUAAUGAACUAAAGUGUUAAUUUAUCAGACAAUGUAAUACACAAGUGUUGCUUUGGAGGAGAUGGGGAACAGGGAGGAGGGCUUGCAUCAGGCCUCACCGGCCUUUUAAGUAGACACCAAUGCCCGUGGCUUUGCCCAGAUGGGAAAUGAACUUUAUUUUCUAUGUCCGUCUCCUCUCCUCUCUGCCUCCAUCCUCCAAAAAGGGCAACCACCCACUAAUGAUCCAUUCACGAUUAUGAAGUAUGAAACAAAAACUGAUGAACAAAGAAAAUGUGUAUAAAGAUAAUGAAUGAAAUGAUGACGUCUUGGGAUUAAAAAAACACAACAAAAAAAUUUAAACUGUUGGUGAAUAAAUGAAUACUGUAACCAA